ACUGCCUCUGAAACAGACGUGGAAGACAAAAAGUCAGCGAGAUGGAGAGAAACAGAUGGAGAGAGAAAACACACAGGAAGAAAGAGAGAGAGACACUGGCUGAGAGAGAGACUCAACUUCACUUUAAAGUUUGGGGGUCUCCGCAGGCUGAGGAAUUGCUUUAUUCAAGUCCUCUGCAGCCUGAGCCAGAGAACUCACCAGAAGGGAGGCGUGGCCAGUGGUGCCAGAGCCCUGGAAGAAGCCCACCAUCGCUGCACUCGGCCUGUCUGUGACCUCUCACCCCAGCGGAGAAAGCCCGGAGGGGUCUUCUUGUUCUGCUGCCUCCUGCUGCACGUGUUCCUUUGUGUGUGCUGCUCAUGCGUCUGAAUCCUACCCGCCUUCUUCGGGCGCUUGGCUCCAGUCCCGCGGCCGCCAGGAAGCUGCCUGCCCGCGUACCCAUCAGGCCCCUCCCACCCCAUACAGCUGUAGGUGCCCCAGGCUUAGCCCCCGCAGGGCAGGCCCAGACAGGUCCCCUUCCAGACUCCAGCCUCCCAUUGUUCUGUCCUUGGGGGUCUCACCUAGACACAUCCUUAUCCAUCAGAAUCCUUAUUGAUUGACUGACCUAAGACUUUCCGUGAGAGUUGGGAGGACCCCAACUCAUGAACUGGACAGCCCUUACGUGAGCACCUAUUGUGCGCUAAGGAGCGGGGAGCGAUGUGGACCAAGGUGCACAGUGACAUCCACAGGGGGAGCCCAGAGCAUCAUGAGGCCACAGCCUAGGGGGCACCGAACCCUGCUUGAAGCAUGGGGAUGGCUGCAGGGAAGGCUUCUGGGAAGAGGCAGCCUCUAAGGCCAAAGCAACAUGGAGAGUGGACAGAGAGGGCCCCGGAAAGGCCGCAGGCUGGGCUCCAGCCGCCGGUGGCAGAUGCGAGAACCAGCCGAUGGCCAGGAUGCCCCCGUGGCCCCAGAGCCAGAGUCCUUGUCCUCCCCGGUGGCCGCAGAGCUGCAGCGCUUCUUCCAGGACUGUGGUGCCAAGGAGAGGGGCUUUGUCACCCGCGAGGACCUGGCGGCAGCCAAGUUCAGCUUCUUGGGCGGCGAGGAGGAGCUGGAGAUGAUCUUUGACUGGGUGGAUGUGGAGCAGAAGGGACGCCUCUCCCUGGAAGAAUUCAGCUCCGGGCUCAAGAACGUCUUUGGCUCCAGCCUGAGCACCCACCGGCUCCACAGAAAGAGGCCACUGUCCUCCAAGAGGGACUCGGCAGCCACCAGCUUCCCCGUGCCGGAGGAGGCUGACCCUGAAGAGAAGGAGGCGUUCUUUGCCUUCGUCCAGCAGCUGGGGGCAGGCCACUCACUCCCCGAGCAGGCGGAGAUCUGGCAGCUGUGGGCAAAGCUGCGGCAGGAGGAGCCCCAGCUGGCGGGCAGCCUGGAGGGCUUUCUGGCCACAAUGAGCAGCCGCCUGCAGGAGGUGCGGGCCGACCGGGAGGUUCUGGAGCUGACCCUGAGGAAGCGGGACUCUGAGCACCACCAAGAGGUCCAGCAGCUCCAUGAGGAGAUGGAGCAACAGAUCCGCCGCGAGAAGCAGCAGCUGCAGGCCGAGAGCGACUCCCGGGGCCUGGCCUUCAGCUCCCAGAUGCAGGAGGUCUUGGAGGCCAAGGAGCAUGAAUUUCAACAGCUGAUGGAGGGCCAGAGGGAGCUGGAGGCCCAGCUGCACGGGCUCCGCAGCUCACACCGGGCGGCCAGCUCGGAGAACCAGGAGCUGCGGGAGACGGAGCGAGAGCUGGCCGGCCGGCUGGAGGAGGCGCGGGGGCAGCUGCGGGUGACCAGGGGCCAUCUGAGCGCCGCCAGGGGCCACGCAUCCUGGCAGGUGGAGGAGGAACCGAGUGUCCCCAGAGCAGGUGACGAGAAGGCUCCAGACGCCCAGGCAGUCUCCUCUGAGGAGGCUCCCCUGCCUGGACUGUUUGGGGAGGAGGAUGACUGGGACCAGCUCCUGAGUGACUUCAACACCUCCUCGCGCAGAGCCCUGCAGCUCUCCUGGAGCCCACCUCCAACCCCGGGGACCCCCUCAGGCCCCCAGACACCCCGAGUAGUCAGGCAGAUCUCCAUCUCAGAGCCACAUGCUUGGCUGCUUGGUCAGGAGCCGCCUUCAGAUCUGGACGGGGCUCCAAGGAGCCCCAGUGGGGCGCUCUCCAGGACCAAGGAAGUGAAAGGAGUGGGCCCGGAUGGGCAGGACAGCGGCCCAGAACCGCCUGUCCAGCCUCGAAGCCUGGAACGUAAGGAGGAGUCAGGGCCCGGCCCCGAGGCCCUCUCCCAUGGGAGUUUCCCGGGGGCCCCAACUGGGGAGUCAGGGAGCCUGGUGGCAGCUGCCCUCAAAAUGCUCGUUCCUUUGGAGGAUGCACCCCCUCCCCAGCUGACCGCUCCCCCUCCCCAGGCCCCAGCUGGGCCCAGCGAACAGCUCCAGGCCUCACACCCAGAUGACAAGAGCCUCGGGCCUGGGCCUGUCCCAGAGAAGGCCCCCAGACAGAGCAAGGCCCUCCAUCAGGACCCGCAGGUCCCCGGCUCUGAGACAGAACUGGGGUCCCCAGGGGCCGGAGCCCUCACACCAGGGCUGACUGGGCCCUCCCAGGACCUGGAGCCUGUGGGGCAGCCUCCCACAGAGGGACUGGAGCAGGGCCGGCUGGGCCCCGGUGUGCAGGAGGGCCCUCCUGGGGGGCUGAGAGACGCUCAUGGCUGGGUCCUCGCGCCAGAUGGGCUGCCUGCCCUUGCCCACGAGCGUCUGGAAGAAGAUCCCGGGGUUGAGGAAAGGAAACAGGUGGGCCAAGGAGGGCAAGACCUCAGUUCAGAGCAGUCAAGUGAGGCUCGUGGCCCGGCAGCUGGGCAUUCAGAGCUCCCCCCGCGAGAUCAUCCACCUGCUCCUCUCCCGCCCGAGGCCCCGCAGGCUCAGGCCCAGGCAGAAGCCCCCGCUCCUAGAACACAGCCGCCUCCCCUGGACUCUCCCCAGGAGGGCGCUGAGCCUGGGGGUGGAGCAGGGCCCCAGGAGCACACGCAGAACCCCCGCACCCUGGUUGAGCUGGAAGCCCAACCCCUGGCCUCGCCUACUACUGCUCGUGCAGAAGAACAAGGCUCCCUUCCAUCCAGGGAGCCGCCGGCAGAGAACCGGCCUCCAGACUCAGGAACUGACUCCGGGGAGGCUGGGCCGACCUCAUCCCCAGGGUCCCCCACCGCCAGCGAGCCUGCUGCCGACCCCGAUUACCUCUUCCACGUCAUCUUCCUGGGAGACUCAAACGUGGGCAAAACAUCCUUCCUGCACCUGCUGCACCAGAACUCCUUCGCCACUGGGCUGACGGCUACCGUGGGAGUGGAUUUUCGGGUCAAAACCUUGCUGGUGGACCACAAAUGCUUCGCGCUGCAGCUCUGGGACACGGCCGGCCAGGAGAGGUACCACAGCAUGACUCGGCAGCUUCUGCGCAAGGCCGACGGAGUGGUGCUCAUGUACGACAUCACCUCCUGGGAGAGCUUCGCCCACGUGCGCUACUGGCUGGACUGUCUCCGGGAGUCAGGGCCUGACGGGGUGGUCCUCCUUCUCCUGGGAAACAAGAAGGACUGUGAGGAGGAACGGCAGGUGCCCACGGAGGUCGGGCAGCAACUGGCCCAGGAGCUGGGGGUCUCCUUUGGAGAGUGCAGCGCUGCCCUGGGUCACAACAUCCUGGAGCCCGUGGUGAACCUGGCCCGGUCACUCAAGAUGCAGGAAGACCGCCUGAAGGGCGCGCUGGUGGAGAUGACCCCCAAGAGGCCACAGAAGAGAGCUGGCUGCUGCUUCUGACCACACGGCCCAACCAGGGUGCGGGGACAGCCGCCCCGGGGGUUUCUUCCUCCUCAGCUCCUGUCCCACCCGCCCGGAUGCAGCAAUGACAGAGAUGGCCAGCUUGGAAGUUCAGGAGAAUCCCCUCAGGUCAGGACUCGGAUCCCAGGGCGGGGGCUGUGCUAACACUGCCCUUUGCACGCUGAAGAAGGAUUUGACGGGGGUGGGGGAGGUGGUUAAAACUCUCAAAAGGAAGGAAAAGUCGAGACAAAUGAAUUAAGGAAAAUACACCAUAUUAUUGGCCACACAUCUCCGUGGGGUGAAAUUAUAGGGUGAACGUGUGGGGGUGUUAUUGCCCUUUUUAUACGUGUUUGUAUUUCUAGAUCUUCUGCAGUGUCUGGGCAUUCUUUAUAUAACCCGAAAUAAAGAUGAAAGUUGAGGGGAGGGAAA